GCGGCAGGCCCAGAAUAGCAGUGCUGGCGCGGGGACUGGCAUGGAGCAGCUCACGGCCCCGGCUGCGCGGCAGGUACGGCCGCCGGCCACACAUCUCCACUCAGAGGAAGCAGCUUCCUGCCUAGAUCCAGAUACCAGGGCAGCAGGUGCUGACGCCGGGGUGAUGGGCUCCAGCGAUGGCUCCGGUACCAAGGACGCAGGCUCCGAUGCCGGGGUGAUGGGCUCCAGCAUGAGCGCCGAGGCCGGGCAGGCCGGCUGCAACCCUGGCACCGGUGCCAAGGCCGAAGGCUCGGACACCAGGAGCCUCCCUUUGCACGCCGAACUCCCGGCGCUCUGCCCAGAAGCCCUGUUCCAGGGCCCCGAGGCCGAGCCCUACAUGCGGUUCCUGAGGAGUCACCACUGCUAUGCCGCAGUCCCCACCAGCUCCAAGCUGCUGGUGUUCGACACCACGCUGCAGAUGAAGAAGGCCUUUCUGGCGCUGGUGGCCAAUGGGGUGCGGGCCGCCCCCCUCUGGGACAGCAAACAGCAGUGCUUUGUGGGGAUGCUGACCAUCACGGAUUUCAUCAACAUCCUGCACCGCUACUACCGGUCCCCGCUGGUGCAGAUCUAUGAGCUGGAAGAGCAUAAAAUUGAGACCUGGAGAGAGGUUUAUCUGCAAGGCUCCCUGAAGCCCCUGGUCUCCAUCUCCCCCAAUGACAGCCUCUUUAACGCCGUCUACCACCUGAUCAAGAACAGGAUCCACCGGCUGCCGGUGAUUGAACCCGUGUCCGGCAACGUGCUGCACAUCCUGACACACAAGCGCAUCCUCAAAUUCCUCCACAUCUUUGGGGCCAUGCUGCCCAAGCCACGGUUCCUGCAGAGAACCAUCCAGGAGCUGGGCGUGGGCACCUUCCGGGACGUGGCCAUGGUGCUGGAGACAGCGCCUGUCUACAUGGCCCUGGAGAUCUUCGUCGACCGCCGGGUGUCGGCGCUGCCCGUCAUAAACGAAGCCGGGGAGGUCGUGGGCUUGUACUCCAGGUUUGAUGUGAUCCACCUGGCUGCCCAGAAGACCUACAACAACCUGGACAUGAGCGUGGGGGAGGCGCUGAGGCAGCGAACGAUCUGCUUGGAGGGGGUGCUCACCUGCCACCCCCACGAGACCAUGGGUGACGUCAUUGACCGCAUCGCAAAGGAGCAGGUCCAUCGCCUGGUUCUGGUGGACGAGAAGAACUCGCCGCAGGGGAUCGUCUCCCUCUCCGACAUCCUGCAGGCCCUGGUGCUGACGCCCGCAGGUAUCGAUGCUCUUAACUCUUAA